AUAUAUAUAGAAACAUUAUUUGAUAUAUUUUAUUUCUUUAGAAUGAUGGAUGGACUAUGCAAAUAGCCUAUAUGUACUAGCAUAACAACACAGCCAACGUUAACCAGGAGGCAGCUCGCUAAGCUAAAGAGAUCUAUCUGCCCUUUUGUCGUCGCAGCUGAAACGUCAGACACCAAGGGCACCUGUCAAACUUGAAAACGACUCUGCAUUUGCACUCCCCACCUCCAUAGCUAACAACCUCAGGUCGUGCAUUCCUCGUCUUUCGACUUGAGACUAAAGCAAGGUAAAGACAGAGGUUAGACGCCACAAGUGCCUCCAGCACCCCUGCUCUCCUUUUCGUCGGUCCCCACGACGUCACCAAUGCGACCAUGGGAAAUAGCAGUGACUAGGCGGCCACCGACAGCCCCCUUGAACCAGAGGAGGUUCCUAGGAGAGCCCUGCAACACCCCAGUGCACCUCAGGAGAAGCCUGCCAGUGACACGACAGUGGGGGAGUCGAGACCGACCGGUCGUACUGCACGACUCCUCGCUCCAGGAUGAGAACUUCCACCACCCUCUCUUCUCCCAGCAACAUCAGCAGGUUCUUUUAGAUGAGGCCAGACAGUACAGCCGCAUGCUCCACCCUGCCGCACACCCACCUCGGCAUCAACAGACCCCCAUCAUGGUGGAGCUACACGACCAGAUGCACCAGGAAUCCGUUCCGAUCUCUUACACUGUUACCACGGUGACGACGCACGGUUUCCCCAUCCACACCGGGCAACCUCUCCCAGGGUGCAACAGUCAGCAGCUCCCAGCAUGCUCGGUAAUGUUCAGCGGACAGCUCUCUCUGCUCUGCUGCCUUCCUCCUCCUCUCAUCCAAGCCUGUACAAUGCAGCAUUUGCCAGUGUCUUACCAAGCUUUCCCACCCCUGAUCUCCAGCGAACAUUUUAUAUUGCACCCCAACCCCCCGGGGCCGCCACCCCACCAGCCUCCUCACCUUACUCCUCUCAGCCAGUUCCUCCCUCUCCAGAGGCAGCACCCACGCAUGCCUCUCCAUAGGGUAGAGAAUGAAGUGGACCUCAGGGGGGACCAGCAUCCAUUAGGAACGUUCUCUUACCCUGCCUCGAGCCUCCACCACCCAUCAGCGCUGCCUCCCUCUGUCCCCCUCCAGUACCUCCCUCAGGAGCCUCUGCACCAGGAGAUGCCCUCCUUCUCAGUGCCAUACCCUCACAUGCUGCCGCGACGUGUCAGUGGUCACAGGUACCGGUUACAGCAGCCCCUGCCCCCACCGCCGCCACCACCCUACUUCCUGCCCUACUUCCUGUCGAUGCUUCCUGUGCCUCCCACAGCAGUGGGACCAGCCAUCAGUCUAGACCUGGAUGUAGAUGACGUGGAGAUGGAGAACUAUGAGGCAUUACUGAACCUGGCUGAAAGGCUGGGAGAGGCUAAACCACGAGGAAUCACCAAGGCAGACAUCGAGCAGCUUCCAUCCUACAGGUUCAACCUCGACAACCAUCAAUCUGAACAAACGCUGUGUGUGGUGUGCUUUAGUGACUUUGAGUGUCGGCAGCUGCUGAGGGUAUUACCCUGCAACCACGAGUUCCACGCCAAGUGUGUUGACAAAUGGUUAAAGACUAAUCGCACUUGUCCAAUCUGCCGGGCGGACGCGUCAGAGGUGCACCGCGAGGUGGAGUGACUGAUACCCAGGCUUUGAGAUCUUUGAUUGGAAAGCAGCACAAAACUAAACCCACCGGAGCCUGUCUGUCUUAGCGCCUGCCUCGGCCUAAACCUGCCCGGGGCCUUCUGCCACCUACCCUGCCUGCUUCCUCCUGCCACCUACCCUGCCUGCUUCCUGUGGCCUCCUGCCUGCUUCCUGCGGCCUCCUGCCACCUACCCUGCCUGCUUCCUGUGGCCUCCUGCCUGCGGCCUCCUGCCACCUACCCUGCCUGCUUCCUGUGGCCUCCUGCCUGCUUCCUGUGGUCUCCUGCCUGCUUCCUGCGGCCCCCACCACCACCUACCCUGCCUGCUUCCUGCGGCCCCCACCACUACCUACCCUGCCUGCUUCCUGCGGCCCCCACCACUACCUACCCUGCCUGCUUCCUGUGGCCUCCUGCCUGCUUCCUGCCUGCUUCCUGCGGCCUCCUGCCACAACCUAACCUAACCUGCGCCCCCCCCACAACCACUCCUGCCCCACUUCAACAACAAUAAGCAAUCUAAGAUUGUAUGUUUGGAGCUCCUUCCCCCCGGUCGUUCCUCUGCUGUGUGUCUGAUGAAAAGCUCCUGCCUACCAUAGCCUCAUAGCCACAGAGUUGUCCAGUCAGUCUGCCUGCCUGGGACAGCCAUUGAUCCACCACCUCGAUCUGCUCCUCUGCCUGGGACAGCCAUUGAUCCACCACCUCGAUCUGCUCCUCUGCCUGGGACAGCCAUUGAUCCACCACCUCGAUCUGCUCCUCUGCCUGGGACAGCCAUUGAUCCACCACCUCGAUCUGCUCCUCUGCCUGGGAUAGCCAUUGAUCCACCACCUCGAUCUGCUCCUCUGCCUGCCCCAGUGUUGCAGAUUCCAAAGAUGCGACCUACCAUAUGUUGUUAUCGUCGUAGGGUUUUUACGUUUACAAGGUUUUUCCUUUUUCGUUACCUUGUGGAUUUUGGUUAGUUCUUUGUGACAGAUGGGCGUUGGAGCUGCCUGCAUGUGAGAUGGUGAUGACAAGAGGUGUGGGGUGAGGGCCUGGUGGAGCGGAGAGAGGAGCCACACAUUGUUCGAUCAGCAGACCAGUAAUGGGAAUGCCUCAACACGGUUAAACCUGUAGACCAUGUAGACCAUUCCACUGGCUGACUGACCGUCAUAGUACUAUAGGAGACUAGACCAUUCCACUGGCUGACUGACCGUCAUAGUACUGUAGGAGACUAGACCAUUCCACUGGCUGACUGACCGUCAUAGUACUGUAGGAGACUAGACCAUUCCACUGGCUGACUGACCGUCAUAGUACUGUAGGAGACUAGGCCAUUCC